AUGAGGAGAGCGCUCUAUGCUAUCAACUUUUUGUAUAUUGUAAUUGGUGUUUUAUUGAUAUCACUUGCUGCUUACAUCAGAAAUGCAUCUAUUGUAACAAGCCAUUCGCUGAUUGGGGGAAUUAUCACAGUCGGCGUCUUUCUAACUUUGGUCAGCUUUUUGGGAAUUUAUGGUACUAUGAAGCAUCAUCAGUAUAUGGUAAUACUUUUUUGCGUUUUUGUGGUACAGUUGGGAGUUGCGGUUGCUUGCCUUGGGCUUAUGAGCCCUGCUGGUGUAGAAGCUGUUGUCACCAAAGGAUGGCAAGGUUCUUCGGAUUCUACAAUCAAGGAUGCGCAGAAAGAUUUUAACUGUUGUGGGCUACGGAAUAAUAGUGAAGGAAUUAACUGCGAUAAGCUGAACUGCUAUCCUAGUUGUCCUUCAUGCCUCAGCAUAAUUACUCAGAAGAUGUACGAGGAACUCACCCGUGUCGGAGGAUUUGGACUUUUUUUCAGCUUUUUAGAUUUGGCGGGCAUUGCUUUUGCAAUGCGCUAUCGGAAUCUCCGGGAUCCAAAAUUGGACCCCGUUCUUUAUUUUCAACAGCAGCAAUAA